CGUCUCUGAAACUUUGGAAUCGAAAUCCAGUUUCAGAAAUUGAAAUCUCGAAACGUAAGAAUUUAGGGGGAGGAAAUGGCGGCAGCGAAUCAGUCGUGUAUAUUCUGUCAGAUCAUACGCAAUCCAACCUCCACCACUCGUCUCCUUCACGCCGAUGAGAAGGUUGUUGCGUUUCAAGACAUCAGGCCCGCUGCUCAGAGGCACUACCUGGUAAUUCCAAAAGAACACAUUCCAACGGUUAGAGACCUUCAGAGAAGAGAUGAAGACUACUCAUUGGUAAGUCACAUGCUAAGUGUUGGAAAACAAUUGUUGCAGAAAGAUUCACCUCAAGCCUUACAUAGAUUUGGUUUCCACCAGCCACCUUUCAACAGUGUUGAUCAUCUCCAUCUCCAUUGUUUUGCAUUACCUUUUGUGCCCAGAUGGAAAGCUAUCAAGUACAAGUCUUUGGGACCAUUUGGUGGAUUUAUUGAAGCAGAGACCCUGCUGGCCAAGAUAAGGCCUCUUCAUUCAACGGUGUAACUUAGCCUGACUCACCUAACUUCAUUGUGGUGCUUCUCUUAGCUAAGCUUGUGCUUCUAUAUAGUAUUCUCUGUUCUUUUGCUGGCAAACCUGUUAUGCAAUGCCAAGGUAUUAUUGUGGAUUUUAUAUGGUAUAUUGGCAUGUCGAGUAAUUUUAUGUAGUUUCUGUCGCUGACCAAAUAGUUGUAAGCAGUGACUGACUCCAUUGUCAUUAUUUGCUAUACAUGAUUGUGAGAUGUGUAACAAAUAAAAGAUAUUUCUAUGGUGUAACAUUCUGG